AAAGCGCCAUCCGAUGUGGCAGCCAAGACUGGUUUGGCGGUUGUUCGGUGUUGAUCGACGCAGCGAUGAAAAAAUUUGGUUCAUGAAUCUGAAAUCAAGAAUCAAGGGAUCGUCUCUCCCGAAGUCAAAUCAUUUUCAUGUCGUUUCAGAGUUUGAAAGAUACCCUAAAACCCUGCAAAAGCCUCUCGACAUCGGCCUCUGCACCCGCUUCUCCGAUUUCUUCACAACCCUCGCUCUUUCAAGGAUCUGAGGUUAAUUACCUUAGAAAACCCCCCAAAUCCUCUCUCUCUCUGCAGCUCCUGCGCCUACAAGAUUCCUUUCCUCCGCCUGAGAAUCGAACGCACUGUCAAAACCAGCGGACCCAGAUUAGGGUUGAGAAAGGGGAAGGGGAAGAGGAGGAGAAUGUGGUGGAAGAGCAAGAACCAGACGUGUUGAGGAGAUGCCAAUUGGGCCAGUUUCAAUUUGAUCAUACAGGACCAUUUGAGCCGUUGAUUUUGUCGUCUGAGGGUGAUAUUCCGCUCAUACAGGUGCCUCCAUCUAUCAAUUGUAGGUUACUUGAACAUCAAAGAGAAGGUGUAAAAUUCUUGUAUGGUUUAUACAAGAACGGCCAUGGAGGCAUUCUUGGAGAUGACAUGGGGCUUGGAAAGACUAUUCAAACUAUUGCUUUCUUGGCUGCGGUGUAUGCAAAAGAUGGAGAUGGAAUCCAGAAGGAAAAUUAUGGAAAGAAAAAGGGUCCUGUAUUAAUAGUGUGCCCCACUUCAGUAAUCCAUAACUGGGAGAAUGAAUUCUCCAAAUGGGCCAACUUCAGUGUUGCAGUCUACCAUGGGGCGAACCGCGAGUCAAUUUACGAUAAACUAGAAGCAGGUACUAUGGAGAUACUUAUCACUAGCUUUGAUACAUACAGAAUCCAUGGUGGCAUUCUGUCAGAGAUCAAAUGGGAGAUUUUGAUUGUCGAUGAGGCUCACCGACUUAAGAAUGAAAAAGCGAAACUCUAUAGCGCAUGUGCAGGAAUAAAAACCUUGAAGCGCUUUGGUCUAACUGGAACUAUAAUGCAGAAUAAAAUUAUGGAACUAUUUAAUCUCUUUGAUUUGGUGGCACCUGGAUCCUUAGGUACUCGGGAGCACUUUCGUGAAUUCUAUGAUGAACCUCUUAAGCAUGGCCAAAGGUCAACUGCUCCUGAAAGAUUUGUACGGAUUGCAGAUAAGAGAAAACAGCAUUUGGCUGCAGUUCUUCAUAAAUAUAUGCUAAGAAGGACAAAGCAAGAGACUAUUGGGCAUCUUAUGCUGGGAAAGGAAGAUAAUGUCGUCUUCUGCGCCAUGAGUGAACUACAAAAACGGGUUUAUCGAAGAAUGUUACAACUGCCAGAUAUCCAAUGCCUUAUCAAUAAAGAUCUUCCUUGUAGCUGUGGUAGCCCUCUCACCCAAGCUGAGUGUUGCAAAAGGACCGUGCCAGAUGGAAUCAUCUGGCCUUACCUUCAUAGAGACAACCCAGAGGGUUGUGAGUCAUGCCCCUUCUGUAUUGUUCUUCCUUGCCUUGUCAAGCUUCAACAGAUAAGCAAUCAUCUGGAGCUGAUUAAACCAAAUCCUAGGGAUGACCCUGAUAAACAAAGAAGAGAUGCAGAAUUUGCUUCCAUGGUCUUUGGCUCUGACAUCAAUCUUGUUGGAGGUAGUGCCCAGAACGAGAGCUUCAUGGCCCUUAGUGAUGUUAGACAUUGUGGUAAAAUGAGAGCUUUGGAAAAAUUAUUUUCCUCUUGGGCUACACAGGGUGACAAGAUUCUUCUAUUCAGCUACUCUGUCAGGAUGCUGGACAUAUUAGAAAAGUUUCUUGUGCGUAAAGGUUAUUCCUUCUCGAGACUUGAUGGCUCCACUCCGACCAACUUGCGUCAAACUCUUGUUGAUGACUUCAACUCUAGUCCCAGCAAGCAGGUGUUCUUAAUAUCUACUCGAGCUGGUGGCCUUGGAUUGAACCUUGUCAGUGCGAACAGAGUGGUGAUUUUUGAUCCAAACUGGAAUCCUGCCCAAGACUUGCAGGCACAGGACAGGUCAUUUCGCUUUGGGCAGAAGCGUCACGUUGUUGUUUUCCGCCUUCUUGCUGCUGGUUCGUUAGAAGAACUUGUUUACUCGCGUCAAGUAUACAAGCAGCAGUUAUCCAACAUUGCUGUCUCUGGGAAGAUGGAGAAACGAUAUUUUGAAGGUGUUCAGGAUUGUAAAGAGUUCCAAGGUGAGCUUUUUGGCAUAUGCAAUUUGUUCUCUGAUCUAUCUGAUAAGCUCUUCACUAGUGAGAUUAUUGAGAUGCAUGGGGAAAAAGAAAUGAAAGAAGGGCACGCCCCUAACACAAACCAGAACUCCUCCAAAGCUGGGACUUCUGUUCCUUCUGAAGAAACUGAUGCAGUCAGUUCUAUAGUCUCUGAACCCCGAAAGCCAACUCAUUCAGGAAAGACUGCCCCCAUUAAACCUACGCUUGAAGACUUGGGUGUUGUAUAUGCACAUCGUAAUGAAGACAUAGUCAAUAAUGGACCUGGAACACAAGCAAAAAUGGUCGUGCCAACAGCUCAAGAUUGUGCACGCAGGCAGUGGCGCAUUCCUGAGAUAAAGAAAAGGAAACUGGACAGUAUUAGUGAGACAGAUGAUUUAUCUUCAUCCAUGGACCGAAAGAAGAUCCAAUACCGUAAGCUUGCAGGAUUCAUGGGAAUGGGCGCUUUAGAAUUCAGCAAAUGGUUGCUAUCUGCAACCCCAAUGCAAAGGGAGAAAGUACUUAAAGACUACAAGAAUAGAGAGAAAAUACCAAAUGGCUGAGUCACCCCUCCAAUGUUGGCUUCGACUUAGUCUCCUUGUAUAAAUUUAGUGAAAAUGUAGAGGCAGUGAUUUCUAACUAGUAGAUGAUGUAGAGUGUUAGAUUAGGCUAUGUUGUACAGAAAAUAAACUAUGACAUAAAAUGAAAUGAAUGUUCUUCCUUCAAAA